AUGGGGGGAGGGUACGAUCAGCAGUACCAACAGCAGCAGCAGCAGCAGCAGCAGUGGGACGGCCCGCCCGCGGCGCCCGGGGACGCGGCGGCGUCCAUCCCCGAGGUGGACUGCACGUUCGUCGAUCACGAGAUCAAAAAAUGGUCGAAAGAGACGUACGAGUGGUCGAGCGAGUGUCGUGCGGUCCUUCGAAACACGUUCAACGCGCAGGAUUUCCGCGGAAUGCAGCUCGCGACGAUCAACUGCACGCUCGCGAAGCACGACUGCUUGGUGUUGAUGCCCACGGGCGGCGGGAAGUCGCUGUGUUACCAACUCCCGGCGCUCAUCUCGUCCGGCGUCACCGUCGUCAUCUCCCCGCUCGUGUCGCUGAUUCAAGACCAGUUGCAUCAUCUGAGCGAGAUGAACAUCCCGGCCGCGGUGUUGGGCAGCGCGGAGAACGAAGGGCAGGCGGCCCAGGACGCGACGUACUCGCAGCUGUACUCGAACCCUCCCGGGUUGAAGCUGUUGUAUCUCACCCCGGAGAAAGUCGCGCGGUCGCCGAAGCUGAUGCGCGCGCUCGAGACGCUCCACGGCCGCGGGAUGCUGGCUCGAAUCGUCGUCGACGAGGUGCACUGCAUCUCGUCGUGGGGGCACGACUUCAGGAAAGACUACAAAGCGCUUCGGAUAUUGAAAGAUCGGUUCAGGCAGGUCCCGGUGAUUGGCCUCACCGCGACGGCGACGAAACGCGUCCAGGACGACUGCGUGCGGCAGCUCGGUCUGGAGCGGUGCGCGCGAUUUUUUCAGACGUUCAACCGCACGAACAUCAUGUACGAGGUGCGGAAAAAAGGGAAGAAGACCGUGGACGAGAUCAAGGACAUCAUCGCGGAGAAGUUCACGCAGAGGAACGGCAGGGUCGCGUGCGGGAUCGUGUAUUGCUUCUCGCAAAACGACUGCGUCAAGGUGGCGGCGGCGCUGCAUACGAAACCGCGCGCGGACAAGCGGUUUCCGAAAGGCCUCGCCGCGGUGCCGUACCACGCCGGCAUGGGCGAGGAGAGGGAGUACAACCAGCGACAGUGGAGCAACGGGCAGGUGAGCAUCAUAUGCGCCACGGUCGCGUUUGGGAUGGGCAUCAACAAGCCGGACGUUCGGUUCGUGUUUCAUCACUCGAUACCGAAAUCGUUGGAGGCGUAUCAUCAAGAGAGCGGCCGCGCCGGACGCGACGGCGCGAAGAGCUUCUGUUACCUGUACUACUCGUACGGCGACGCGCAAAAGGCGCGGAGCAUGCUCAUGGACAGCGCGAUGAAGGACAACGCGCCGCGGGAGGUGCUGGAUAACAACCUAGGCGCGUUGAACUCGCUCGUCUCGUACUGCGAAAACGUGUGCGAGUGCCGCCGGACGCUUCUUUUAGGUCACUUCAACGAGACGUUCGACUCUCAAAAGUGCGGGCGCAUGUGCGACGCGUGCGUCGCGAAGCACGAGGGCGCGGUGUUCGAGGUUAGGGACGUGACGCGAGAGGCUCUAGGCGCCGCGGACGUCGUCUCCGGCAUCGGCGGCAAAGGCGGAAGCAUGACGCUCAUCAUCGACGUCUUGCGCGGCUCGAAAUCGAUGGCGAUCAAGUCGCAACGGUUAGACCGCGCGCGCGGAUACGGCGCGUGCAGCGCUAUGAAAAAGAGCGACGUCGAGCGGUUGCUGCGGUGGAUGGUGGUAAAUAACUACCUGUACGAGAUCACGACGCGGACGGACAACGGCGGGCCGUACUCGAGC